GGUCUGCUGGACACAAACUGAACAGGCAAGCAUGUAAAAAAAAAAGACAUAUCAGAAUGAUAAUGCAAUCAGGGGCGGACUGACAACUCAUGGGGCCCCCGGGCAAUAGGGGAUCAUGGGGCCCGUGUCUUUGCCUACACUCAAAAAAGCCUAUAAAAAAAAGGUACCAGGGGCAUUUCAUGGGGCCCCCUACUGACCCCGGGCCCUCGGGUGGUGCGAGAGUGCUCGAAUGGUCAGUCCGCCCCUGAAUGCUAUCUACU